AUGGUCUCGAACGACCCGCUGAGAUUUAAGGGUUCCAAGCCGGGCCAGGCAAUCAAGCCCGGGACGACGCUCCGCAUCUUGUGUGUUGGCGACUCAAUCACUGUUGGGUUUCUCAGUGAUAUGGAUGGAGGAGAUGGCAACGGAUACAGACUCAAGCUUCUAGAUGACCUGUCAAGUCAGUUCGUCCCAGGAACGCUUCCUUCAAGCAGCGAGCUGACAUGCGGAGCAGAAGAUGAGGUGGUCUUUGCAGGAACAGAGACGAUGAAUGGCACCAUGCCUGGCGGUUAUUUCGCGGCUUGGUCGGCCAUGACCAUCAAGUUCAUUGCAGAACAUGUCGGGCCAUCCCUUGCGCAGAGGCCAAACAUCAUACUCAUUCACGCCGGUACGAAUGACAUGAAUCCCGACCCAAACAUAUCCAGGGAAGGACACGACCCGAAAGCGGCGGCAGAUCGUCUCGGUGAGCUCAUCGAUAAGACCGUCAUGGCGUGUCCUGAUGCCACGGUCCUCGUGGGGAUGAUUAUCGGCUGUUACGAUGAGACGCAGAUGAUGAACAUCGCUCAAUUUCGGUCCUUGAUCCCGGGCAUCGUUCAAGCUCGACAGGAUGCAAAGAAACACGUUCUCGCCGUGGAUUUCUCAACCUUCCCCAUGAAUGCUCUGAGGGACGGCAUCCACCCUACAAAUCCGGGGUACAGGUUGAUGGGGGACUACUGGUACGACUUCAUCACGCAGAUCCCCUCAGAUUGGAUCCAAAAACCGAUUGGCGAUAAUCCUCGUCGGUCGAGUGAGCUCCUUCAUGAGAAAUCGACCGAAAAGGUGACGGCAACUUGGUGCCAGCGGAUCUAUCAGUUGGUGUUUGGCAAGACAGCAUAA